AUGCUCAGACAAAAGAAAGCAGCUUGCUUAGUGAGGCGGGCGUUGUGUAUCAUGGCGUUUUUCCCACCUAUCUUGCUUGCACUGGCAGGAAGAGCUCUGCUCGUCAUACCCGAGGAUUCUACAUUGCCAGUCAAAGGGGCUGAAAGCAAUGACAACAAAGGUUCUGGUGCCGCACUUAGCGACUUGCACCCACCGAGUCCCAUCACAUCGCCAAACCCACUUACCGCACCUGCCGCGCAAAUCGCCGAAACUUCCUCGGCCGAGACUCGCCGAAGUUAUGUUCGCCCGCAACGUGUCCCAACGACCGGUCUCGUGCGAGGGCAGAAGGGCAAACUCGUGCCGUUUCAUAUCAAACAUCCUCUCAGCUUCUUUCCGGAUCCCGAUGCCGCUCAGAAGUUUCCCGACCCAUUGGAACGUCAUGUCGUUGACCCUUCUGCCAGGAUCACCUAUGAAGCAGGAACACCGAGCUCAUCUGAAAUCGGCAAACAGUAUCACGCCAUCCGUCUCCUGGGAAACGGCCUCGAUGGACAGGUGUUGGAGCUCAAGAAGAAGGAAGGUGUGCCAUUCUAUGCGUUGAGUACUAGAGGAAAGGCCUGGUUCUUCGAUACCAGAGAUGAGAAGCACUUCUCGUACACGGAUAAAGUCUUAGCUUCGGACCGAGAGCAUGUUUCCCGCUACUUUGAACCAGUCUCGACUGCAGAAGCAAGGACAUCGAAUGGUCCAGAAGCAGAGACAUCGGAUGGCGCAGAGUUAGAGAUUUCUGAUUUCACAGACUCGGAGACUUCGGAUAGUGCGUCGUCUGCGAGUCUGGCUGCGGCUAAGGUUCCACCUGUGGUGGAACGGGCGGUGGUAAAGCAAUCUCAGCCCAGAAUCCCCUGGUUUCAAAAGCUCGCAAAGGGGGCAAAGUCCUUCUUCAAGAAACCUUUCGCCUUUGUCAAAACUCGAGUCAGGCAAGUCUAG